AUGAGAGAGAAUUUCCAUAUUAAAAUAAGAGCUGAGUAAAGGCAGAAAGAAUUUGCAAAAAGAAGAAUUGUCAAAUUAUAAGCCACUCCAUAAUACUUCAGAUAAGCAGUUCUUGAAAAUCCGAUUAGCGAAUUGCUAAAAGAAAUUGAUUAACCAGAUUAUUUGUAGUUCAUCUCUUUUUUAAGUUCAGUUGAAGAUUAUUAAUGCAAUAAGUAUAUGGUAGAUUAAGGGGUUCUGACAGUGGCAUUGGAAAAAACAAUUCAGCUUAUGAAUAAUUACACAUAGACUUCAACUUAGGAAGUAAGCUUAAAUUAUUUACUUUCCAUAAUUGGAAAUUUAAUUGAUUUCAUUAAUUUCCCUGAUGAUAAACUUAGAUUUAUAAUAUAAAGAGCCAUUGAAAUUAGCAAUUAUUCAAUGUCAGAAUUCAAAAUUACGAUUGUUUGGUUAAUUGAUGAAUUCCUUAAGAAAGAACAUCUUUAAGAAGACUUUUUAAAUUCCGUAACAAACUUUUUGUUCAAUAACAUGGGUCGAAAAGAUAUUACCUCCGCUAUCUUUGAUACUAUCUUAAAUUUACAAUCUAGCUAACCUGUUCAUUUAUCAAAAGAUCAUUUAGACGAAUUAUAUAAACAUUUUAGAGACAAUGAUAAUCAAAUAGUUCAAAAAAGUCUAUUCAUUUUAGUCAAUUAUUUGGAGAUUAUGCAUAAAAUAGAUUUAGAUGAGGAAAUCAUAGUUUAAUUAAAUGAGAUAUUUAGAUAUAAGGACUAUUUAGCAUUAUUGAAGCUUAGUAAUAUAUUGUAUCCUAGAAUCUAACUUGAGCCUAAGUUAAUCCUUCAACGUAUGGAAGUAUGUGCCUUCGGACUUAAAUUACAAGAGUAUUUCAGCUUGAUUAAUAAGUUGAUCAAAGAUGAAAUAUUAUCUUCAGAAGAAUACUUGAAAUCUUUAUAAAAUAUAGAAAUGGAGAAUUAGUGUGAAAAUAAUAAAUCUAUGAUUUUAUAAUAAAUAACUUAAUAUCAAGAUUGA